AGCUAGCGAGCAGCAGCGACCACUGGCGCCUGCGGCAACGAACGCAACACGGACACCGAUCUAGCUACAAGGCACACGAACCUCUGAUCGAGAAACUACUGCUGCUGCCCGGCCGAUCGAGCACGGCAGCAUGUCGACCAACACCGGCUCCCAGCCCCCCCAGCAGGACGCCGCCGCGGCUGGUGGCGGCGGCGCGGAAAAGGAUCCGCAGCAGGCCGACACGGUGACGAAGACGGUGCAGACGGUGGAGGUGCGGUCGUCGGCGGGGCAGCCCGACGAGGAGGGCGUGCUCAAGCCCGUGAGAGUGGUGCACGAGAUCCCCGCCAAGGACGCCAAGGAGAAUCCCGGCGUCAAGCAGGACUAGCUAGCGACUCGAGCUCGCUUAGUCCACCAUCGUUGGUAGAGUGUGUUUUGUGAUUGACGCUGCAGCUACUGCUGCUAGCUGCUGUGGUGGCCACAUAUCUAAUAUCUUCAGAGAUCCUUUUAAUUGUUUGGGAGAACCGUCAGAUAUGGAAGCGAAUCGGAACUAUAAUAUGGCUUUCCUUCAUGUUUUAUUUCUGGAAAUGCAGAGUAAACAAUUGAUGUUGCUCGAUCAUGUCUGCUCUUGAAAAUUAGUGGCUGCGGCUGGUUUGCUUAUGUACACGGCUCGAAAUUUAUGGAAAGAGAGGAAUCGGAGGACUCUUGAAAGAAGGUCGUUGACCGCUCUGCAAGUUGUUGCUCUAAUAAAGGAGGAGAUCGGCUUGAGGG